AUGUUGGGCAAAGGACUCCUCAAGCGGGCCGUGCCUCAUGCCUGCUCAGCCGCCUUGAUGACCCCAGCUAUGCGAGGGAAGGUCAAGAGCACCGUCAUGGAGGUGGAUGAGCGUGUCCACACCUUAACUGAGAGCUUUGAGCCCUUUGCGCCUGAAGCUCGCCCAGGCGAUUGGUUACUGGACCACUAUGCGGACCGUCUCCACUUUGACAAGCGUGAUCCUACCCAGGAUAAGCGCCCAUAUCUUGACAAGCUCAUCAUGAAAGCGAGGGCCGACCCUUUAACAGUGCUGGCUGCAACUGAUGGCUCUGUCCCUCAGUCCAACCAGUAUCAGGCGACUUCGGCUGCCAUCAUCUACAAGGGACAUCGCGAGCUCGAAAGGACUUGUUAUGUCUCGGGCAGAGUUACCGCCCCAGAUGCGGAACUCAAUGCCGUCUUGUCGGUGCUCGAUGGCAGCCCGCUUGCUAUCUACAAACACGUACGCUACACAGCCUGGUUACUAAGUAAACCACUAAAGGACGACCGCCCCCCCAACCAAGAGCCUUUGGGCUCAAACGCCGAAACUCCCCAGAGGGCAACCCACCUCGCGAAAACGGUGCAUCGGGAUAAGGGGAGGAAACCAUCGAGGUUCCGCUACGCCCCAAAGUCGUCGCUGUUCGGAGGCCCUGCAGCGCAAAUGAAAUAA